GUUGGUGGUGUUGCAUGUUCCUUGCUCCUGUUCUCAUGACCUUAUGAUCUCCAUGGCUGCUUCAAGAUACCACUAGAAUUCGAUUCGCGCUCGAUUGGCCGUUGCCAUCCCAGAACCCCCACGAAACGUAACCACUCUCCCUCGCACGCAUCGCGAGGAAUUGACCUACUCUUGGGCCUCUCGGGCCCCCUCCGAGGAUGAGCCACCCACCGCCGCCUCCCCCGCCACCGCAUGGGGAGAAUCCGAGGACAACGGCCGGUGGCUCCGGUCUCCCACCUGGGCGAUACGAUAUCUUCAUCAUACCAGAGCACUCGGCCGGCGCCGGAUUCCUCUACCUGCCGUCGUUGAAGCCGUCAUGGAACAGCUUCAUCGCCGGCGGCGUUAGUGCGACCUUGUUUAUGAUGACCUUGCUCGUGCUCCGAGACGCAUCCGCCGGCCCACAACGGACGCAUACCGCGGCCUGGUUUUGGCCGCUCAUGGGCGCUCUGAUGAUAGGCGGAGUUGGCAUUGGGGCGUUCAUGUUGGGGCGCACUCAGCACGAGCCCUAUGCGCGACGUAGUACAGGAGGCGAUAGGCCAAGCGAUAGCCAGAAGCCAAAUGGGGGAGGAUACGCGGGCUCAGGGUCGUGGUACAACGCGCCGCCGAACAACGGACCGCCUCCGAACCAGGCACCCCCGCCUCCGCCUCCGCCUCCGCCGCCACCGCCGCCACCGCAACACGACAUGCCAGGAAAUGGUGGAGCUCAGUACCACUCCUGGCAGGACCAAUCCACGCCGCCGGAGCCACAACCCCAGCCGCAGCCGCAGCCGCAGCCCCAACCUCAAGCUCAACCACAGCCCGAGCCUCAACCAAACCCGCACGAGCCGCCGCGCGACGAACCCAAGCCACAGCCUAAACCAACUCCCCAACCCCAAGCCCAGCCAACACCACAGCCGCCCCCACCCCAGGCCAAUCCGCCAAAGAUGGAAACCCCAAAGGGCGCAUGGGAAAAGGCGAGGGAAGAGACCCGAAAGAGAGAGGAGGAGCGCAAAGCUCGAGAGGCAGAGGCCAAGCGGAGAGAGGAGGCAGCUCGCCGGCUACGCGAGCUGCGAGAGCGGGAGGCUAAGGAGCGCGAGAGGCGGGAGAGGGAGGCUCGGGAACGAGAGAUCAAGGAGAAGCUGCGCAAAGAGCAGGAAGCCAGGGAGAGAGAGCGUCUCGAGAAGGAGUUACGGGAGAAGGUUGAAAAGGAGUUGCGUGAGAAAGCCGAGCAGGAGGCAAGGGAACGAGAAGCUCGCGAGCGAGAGGCGCGAGAACGGGAAGCCAGGCUUAGGGAAGAGGCCCGGAAGCGCGAGGAAGCUCGGCAACAGGCAGAAAAGGAACGGCAAGCGGCAAGGGAGCGGGAAGCCAGAGAAGCGAGAGAGCGCAAAGAGCGAGAAGAGCGCGCAGCUCGGCUACGUAAGGAAGCUGAGGAGAAGGAAAAGGAGAAGGAGAAAGAACAGAAAGAACAGAAUGCGCGAAAGGGAAGCUCAUAUGCCUUCUCCUCGCUCGGCGAGAAGACAAGCAUGUGGCCAAACGGCAAGCCGCCGAGCGUCGCCCCGUCCCAAGCAACAUCCGCCCCGUCAACGCCAAAACCCGCCCCUCCCACUCCAUCAGCGUCCCCACCCAAACAGACUCCUUCCCCGACAAAACCGAAGCCUGCGACUUCGGCCACGGGUGCCGAAGACGCCUACUCAUAUCGCCCCUAUGACACACCCAAGAAACCAACCGCUCGCAAGAAGUCGGUGUCGGACUUUUCCGAAUCCUCCUGGGCACCCUCGGCCUCGACGGCACGCACCACCCCACCGCCUUCGAUGCGCGGCCCGUACACGACGAACGAUCCCCAGAAGAUCAUCAUCAAGGGAGUUUACGGCUUCCUGAACCAAUUCUCCAAAACGCCAGCAUCGCAGCUCGUUGCCGGCGUGGGUUCUGUCACAGACGGCCUCAUCAUGCGCAUCACCUCGGCGGGGCUCUUUGUCGAUGACGACGUGCGCGGCGUCGCCCAGCGCGAGUGGGACAUCAAGGCCUGGACACUCAAGCAAGUCGAGGUGUGGUGCCCCACGCACGCAGCCAACAGCGUCGGGACGACCCCGCCGGGAUCAGUGCCGAGUAAUCACCCCUUCUUCAAGACCAUGCCGACUAGCGCGCGGAGGGCCGCGGAACGGGGCGCGACAAAGACGUUUAUCGGGGAGGAGGCUGUGCAUUAUAUUGAAGAGCUUGGCAGGGCUUGUAGCGGCGGGUGCAAGAAGAGGACGGGGCCGUCCUCAGGCGACUUCAAAGGGUUCCACGUCGUCCGCGCAACGAUACGGGACCAGGAAGGGAAGCGAUAUCUGUUUGUGAUUGGCGAGGAGGAAGGGUGGAAGAUCGCGCAGGGCCUGUUGGCGCUGAGGGGCAGCAGCCAGGUCAGGGCGCUGGGCGUGGCGGGGCUCAGUAGCCUCGAGACAAAGACGAUUCUGGAGACGUUAGGGUGGGGCUGAGCGGGAGGGCGUUCAAUGCCCUCUUGCUGGCUCGGUGAGGUUCGAAUGGAGCUGCUGAUAUUAUCAGCAUGUGGCAGGCAGGCAAGGACCUGUACCAAGGAGCCCUAAUCAUGACAGGACGAUAUCCCACGC